AAUUGGUAUAAAGUUUGAAACUUUUUCCACUUUUUUCAGUUUCCAGCAACAGGAAAGAAAGAAAAAGAAAAAGAAAUGAAUAGUUCAACAUCGUCAUCAUCUUCUUCACCAGCACAUUCAUCAAUAUCAACUACUGCAAUUGUGGGUGGCUUAAGCUUAGGCUUAGGGAGUAGCAGCAAUAAUGCCGCUUCUCUAUCCACAGAAGAUUUACUACACAACCCAUCUGAUUCAAUUUCCUCUCAAGAGCGUAAAGAAGAGGCUAUGCUCGUCCUAAAAUCUGAUCUGAUGGCCGCACUUGAUAAGGAGGUUAAAUCCUUGGAUGAAGAUAACUGGAAGUUUGAAGGACCUCGCUCCCGUAUCCACCUUAUUUCAAGGCGAGGUGGUUUUCUUCACAAGCCGACGGAAAUAUCAAAGAGUUGGAAUUUGGCUCCACCAAAAUGAUUCUGAAUUCUUAGAACAGAAGCAUAUUAUAUGGUAUACUGUGAAUUAUUAAGACGUGCUUCUUUAACCUUCUUCAAAUUAAUUAUAAUUAAAGCUGUUCAAGUGCUGAAAGUCAUCUCAAGUAGAAUAUACAUUGAAGGGCUUAGAGUCUGUAUCCCCCCUGUUUCUUUUUAUACAGCUAUUCUGAACGGUUUUGCUUUUUCAGUUAUCAUUGAAUUUGACAAAUGAGCAAAUGUAUAUGAAGUGAUCAGGACUGUUCCAUUUGGUAA